AUGGAAGUACAAAACCCAGAAGAACUUAUGAAAGUGUUACUCGAUAAUCCGUCGGCUAGAAGCCAGUUGAAUUCCUUUGUUGAGCAAGCAAUUGCGAAAAGUCACGUAAGUUAAGUGUGUUGUUUUUUGUUGCGGGUUUGUUUGAUAAUUAAUUAAGUGGUUUCAUGACAACACUUAAUUGACAAAAAUUCUUCCCCUUUGUUUUCCUCUAGUCACCUGCACCGUCAAAAGUUGUACCACUGGUAAGUAAAAGCCAAAUGUUACAAUUUGCUUAAACGCUAGCUUUUGGGGGAAAAAACUAUAUACUAGGACAUUUGUUGACGUCAGCUGCAUCUUUCAGAUGUAUAUUUCGACGGGACAUUUUACUUGAUUUUCACGCUAUGUAGUGUAUGGCCAAUCCACUUUUAAUAUAUCCUGUGAGCUACUUUUUUAAAAUAAACUCUGUAACUGAUCUGACUCAGUUGGGGGCACAAAUUUGAGCGCUUUUUGGAGUCGGGUAGGGCACUAAAAUCACUUGUUCAAAGUUCGGUCCUCUACAGUCUGCAACUGAAGUCCUUCUGUCAUUAUUUCAUAGAUUAAAAAAUGUUAUGAACUGAAAACCUUGUAUGACACAAACCCGGGGGGGGGGGUACUUUAGGAAUUUCUGGGUGGGGAUGUGCCACUGGGACCCUGGAACCCUUAACCUAUACCAGAGCUAGUUCAGCUGAAUUUUGCUACCCUAUACUAGAGUAAACUCCCCAAAUCCCCCUAUCCUAGAGUAGCUGUUUACCUAGUCUAGAUAAAAUCUUCAACCAACUGCUCAGUUUCCUGAAAAAUGAUACCCUAUUCUAGACCCAAACGCUCUGAUUUAUAUACUCUAUCCUAGAGUAAACUGCUUGAAAACCAUACCCUUCACAGCGGCACAUACCUAUAUAGCCCAUAUAUGGCAGUACCCCCGGGACACAAAGAACUACAGUACAUACACAUUUUCAAAUUUACAUACAAAAAUCCAAUUAAUAAAUAAUUCAAUAAUUUGUGACAAAAUAAAUCUAUAAAACUCAUUAACCCUCGGACGUUACAACGGCGGGGAGUUGGAUGCCACCCCUGCCCAUAAGGUUUUCUCCCAGAGGAUCUUUUCAGUAGCUAUUCGUUCAUCCCUCGCACAUAUUUUCAGUCAAGUUUAAUUUUUUGGUCAUGGUCCAUUUCUAUGGUUACGAGAUAUGACAUCAAGUAAGAGGUGGUCAAGCCAUUUUUGAGUGAAAGUACAUUUUUUUUCCAACUUUUUCAAAAAUAACUAAAUCUUGUGGCCAAAAUCAUACAAAGUGCUUAAUUGUGUGUUAUUUUUCAUCUGAAGCACAAAAAAAUCACCAUUUCUCACGAUUUUAACCUGAUUUCUAAUCAUUGGUAAAAUCCAAGAUUGCAACCAAGAUGGCAACCAUUGUUGGUGACGUCACAGGCCCCCAGCAGCACCACCACCCAUAAAAUAUACCUCAUCUUGUAGAGAAGAUGAAAGGCUUUCCACCAAAGGUAAAAUAUCGUUACAAAAUACUGCAACGUAUCAAAAACUCUGGGGAUGGGAUGGGGGUAUGAAUUUGCUUGUACGUCCGAGGGUUAAUAUAAUAUCUUAUAUUCAUAUCAUUAUAAAAUGUAAUGAAACCAUAAAAAAUACUACCCUAAUUGCUUCAAAAAUAAUAAUAAAAAAGAUGAACAAGGUGCAUUUUUAUUUCAUAUAUUGGGUUUUGAGGCAAAUCUGAAUAAUAGGGAAAACAUAAUCUACCUAUAGAUCCACAUAUCGCAAAAAAUAUAUUAACCAUUUAAUUGACUCAGUGAUAUUUCCUUCCACUUAUAAUGAGCACAACAUAUAUUAAAUUAUGUGGCUGAGAUUUGUAAGAAUACAGUGAGACCCUUCCAUAUUACAUGUUGACUUAAUUAUAAUUCAACAGAUAUGCUCUUGUUGAAAUAUUUCACAGGACAUUACACGAGAUGCAUUUGAAUUUGAAUUCAAGGAUCAAAUUAAUCCAGGAGAAGGUAUAAUUAGACAACCUUAUUCUUCCUAUAAUUUAUUACCAGUAGAUAUAGUGGGAGGAAAUCAAAUGUAUAACUGAAUCCUGAAAGAAUAUUUGCAUCUUAAAUGUUAGUUAAGAAGUCGGAUGUUUUGUGUGUGUUUAGUUUGAAAAUUGAAGUUGGGAACACGUAUUGUCCAUAUAUUAAAUUUAAUUUAUUAUCAGUUGAUGUUACUCGAGUGGGGUGUAUUGACUGUUUUAUAUUCUAUUUGUGCUAACGGCAAUAAUUUAAAAUUCGUAACAGUGCCUUGGUCAGAUGUUCAAGACUCUGUGAGAACUGAGAUGGUCGAGUAUGUAAGAGAGAUGAUGUCAUCAAGUGGUGUGUCAUUACCAACAAGAAGCAUUAUUGGAAAAAGGAUUAAAAGAUAUUAUAGGAGUCAAAGACACCAAGCUCAAAUUAAGGCAGACAAGGAGAAAAGAAGGAGACAGCGGUUUCUUAACAAAAGGAACCGUCUAACAAUGGUAGGAUUAUACUAUAUUUUUUUUUUUCAUACUCAAAUGGCUUAGAUGAGGGAAAGUGAAUGGAGGGAUAUCGAGGUAGGGUGUUCAUGCCAGGACAAGUGAGGGACAGGAUUAAUGUAUUCUCCACUGCCUGGUUGUUUACAGCUGGCAGAUUAAGAUAAUUAACGCAGGGAUUAGUGAGAAAUUAAAUUUGAAUGAAUUCACAUAAAUAAAUGUAAGCUUAUUAAAGUGCCUAGCACAUGUACUUGUGUACACUACGUGUGCUUGCGAAUUGACUAAUGAUUGUUGCAUCACUUGCAUGUGCAUUAAUUCACGUGAUUACUGACAUCAGAUGGACCAGGGCCUUUGUGGUGUCACAUUCCAUGCAUUUCAAAGGACAUAUCCUAAGAAUGUGGAUAGAUUCUGGAAAAACCUCGCUAUACAGUUACUGAAGUGCCACUGACCAGUUGUUAUUAUUGUAUCAUUAUUUAUAACUAUUAUAAUUAUUUGUUAACAAACCGCUGUUCCUUUCUUUCCACAAUGGCUUCAAUUAAUCAAUGUCUCAUAAAUGUACCAAAAUGUUAACUUCCAGGAAAAGAGAGACAGGGAAGUAAGGAAAGCAUUGGAAAGGGAGGAGUUGAGCAGUGAAGAGAUAAAGGAGCUGAGAAGUACGAUUGCCCCAGUGGAAGCAAAGGAAGUGGUAGUUUACGAUUCUGAGGAUGAGGAUGCACGCUCUGACCUUCUCCUGAAACGCAAGAUCAGUUUGGAGAGAGGCAGGAAAACAGCCAGGAAAAUCAACGCAGGGGAAGUCGCCUGCUGGCUCUUCUUAGUGGUAAUAAGGCACCCAGUCAGCAAGUGUCUGUCAAAGACCUGA